AUGCAGCUUUCUUACCCAUGGCUUGCCCUUGUUGGCGCUAUCACCCUCGCUCUUCCCCCCUUCGUCACUGCGGACGACCAAAUCAGCGACCCGAACCUGCCCGUCAUCCGCCAAUUCAACAUUGUCCUCACGGACAACACCAAGGUCUCUGACCUCUCGUGCUGCAUGGGUCUCUUGAACGAGAUCCCCUCGGUGGGUCAGUACAAAUGCUUCCCUUCGCAGGCGAUGCAGAUGUCGGAUGCUCCUGGUUCGCGUCGACUCGGAUUACAGUUCUGCCACCACCUUCCAGGGUCUACGCCUGACGACGCCUCUGGAGCGUUCAAAUCCGUCUGUUCGGCGGGUCAGGGGGAGCUGAUCACGCCCGACAAGGGCUACUGUCCGCAAGUGUGGCCGAAUUACGACGAGAAGUAUGUCAAAUCUGCACCGCCGGCUGCUGCAGCAGACCCUGCUCCUGCCCCUGCUCCCGCUCCAGCCGUGACACCGGACAAGGACGGCAAGGACACCAACGAUCCAACUGGCUUCAAAGACGCGGGCACAUUCCACUACACCCUCGUCGACUACGCCAUCACCCGCGCUAUCACCUGCUGCAAAGCCACCACGUCCCCCAUUGUCAAGCCCAACAAGUACAAGUGCGCCCAACGUCACACAACCCGCAAGAUCUUCAUGCAACAAUGCGCCAAGGUCCUCCCCACCAUCACGAACGGCAAAAAGCUCAAGGGCUACACGACGAUCGAUGGCGAUGGAGGGGACAUAGUCGAUGAUGAGACCAAGAAGAAGUGCAGUGGCAUGUGGACCAAUGCGAUGAGCUACACGUACGGGUUCUGUCAGUUGGACUAUGAUGGCGCGAGGGACGAGGCGAGGAAGGCGUUCGAGGCGGAUUGUACGGCCAAAGGUGGAGAGGUCAAGGAGCCCCAUGAUGGAAUGUGUCUGUGGAAUGUCGACGAUGCUGCGGACGCCAGUUCGAACUAG